AUCUCCGCAGACUGCAACAGCUGCAUGCUGUUGCGCAUAGUUUUGCGCACUUGACCUUUUCACAGCGUCCGGUUUCUGCAAGCAGUCAGGGAUGUUGAUGCAACCGCAAGCGAUGCUGCCCGUGGGCUUUGAUCCCAAUGCCUACUACAUGCCAGGCCUCGCCAUGUCCCAACAUGCGUGGAUGCAGCCUCAGGCGCCGCAGGUUGCCUGGGGAGCAGACUAUGCAUGGCCGCAGGAGGUGCCAGCGGCCUAUGGCGCUUCCUAUUUAGCCGAUGCUGCUGGACAGUUCAUGCAGGAGUUGGGGAUUGAUCCCGCUGAGGAUCUGUACUUUGGUUGGAUCGCUGAGUACGGCUUGCAGGGCGACGUCUUGCCCCCCAAAUGGGCCGUGCACGUGGAUCCCAACAGUAGUCGCGUUUUCUACGUGAACUCGGAAGAUGGAAGCAGCACCUGGGACAAUCCCUUAACCAACUGCCUGCGGCCAGUCAUCGACAUUGGCAGAGGCUACCUGCAGGCCCCGUCUGAUGGAUACUUCGAAGAACAGAAGAUGGCACUCUGGGCUUUGCACAAACAAAACCUCGAGGGCUGGCACGGACCCCAUGUGGACGAGGAAGGCCGUGAGUACUUUGCCAAUUCCGAGCUGGGCGUCUCUUCUUGGACUGAUCCACGGCAGGAAACGCAGUACAUCUUUGAGAUCCAGACCGGCUUGCUGGACGCUCUGGAGGAGAUGCUUCCGAGUUACGUGGAGAUCCCUGCUGGCGACUUGCCGGGCUUUGGCCUGUUGGAUCGCGCGCCGCCACCCAUGAGGGGCGACAGCUUCGCAGACUUUGCCGAGUGCCCCACCUCUCCGGGCCGCACGACGCCAUGCUCGCGGAUUGCUUCACCCGAUGUGCAUCGGCCCAAGACGCCCCAUCAGCCGCUGACAGCGAAGAUGGAUCGCCCCGAGAUGAGCGAUGCGGAGUGUCGGUUGAAGUUGGUGAAAGAGUUAGACUCCUUCUUCUACAUCUACAAGGAUGACGAGGAGGCCCAACGCUUGCUGAUUGGCCGAAAGCUGAAGGAACGGAGAUUGCGAAAGCAGAAGGUGGAUGAUGACUUGGCUCAGAAGCUCCGCGAAGAGCUCGAGGAGAUGCGAAGACAAGAGGAGGAAAGGCAGAAGGAAGAGGCGGCGCGCCGUGAAGCGGCACGCGUGGCGGAGCAGCAGCGCCGCAAGGCGGAGGAGCAGCGACGAAAGGAGCAGGAACGCCGGAUCCAAGAAGAGAAGACGCGCAAAGAGGAGGAAGAAAGACGUGUCGUCGAGGAGAAGAAGCGUCGCGAAGAGGAGGUUAAAAGGGACGAGGAGCGAAAAAUUGAGGAAGCCAAAAGAAAGAAGCAACAGGAGGAAGAAGCUGCCAACAAGGCGAAAGAGAUCAGAGAACGGCUUCUUGCCACUAUGCACGAGCUGGCGCAGAGCCGUGAUGGCUGGGUACUGAAAAAUGCGAUUGCUGAGGGUGAGAGUGUAGGACUAGAUUUAGAGUUGCAACCUUUGCGCGAAGCCUUGAAAGAGGUACAGGAACUCCGCAAAGCGGCGUUGCUGAAGGCGCGGAAGGCGCAGGAGAAGUUGGCCAACGAUUUCAAAACCGCCAAAGAGGCGCAGGAUUUCGGUGGUGCGGUUCUCGCUGCGCAGUGGCGUGCGGCGGUGAAGGAAGUGCAGAAGCCUUUCGUGAUGCCCGACUGAGCGCCGUUUGAAUCAGGACACAUGAGAUAUGUGUGGUAUAUGCAGGUAUGUGG